AUGAGUGCAGGAUUAACUAAGAUGAACCCAUAUUGUUAGAUAAAUCGUGUACAAUUAAGAAAUGGGAGUGUAGGACCCAAAAUUUAACCAAAGAGAAGGUUGGAUUCUGAUCUCAAUUCAUCAUAAAUCACUCCUUCUUAUAAAGUAGGUUUUUCUUUAGAUUUAGCAUACACCCACUAAUUUUGAGAGAUGCAAUUUAGAUUUAUUUGAGGAUAAGGUAUUGUAUUAACGAUGAUGAAUAGUCGAAACCAACAGAUUCAUCAAUGAAUUCAACACAGUUGCGAAAGAGUCCUUCAUUUAGGAUGAAGAAUUAUCGUCAUAUAACUCCAGGAGCCAGAGAUGAUAUAAGAAGACAAACUAAUUUUUAAAGUUCUGUAAGUAUAUAUUAUAUGAAUUUUAAGGCAGGCUUUCAAAUAGAGGGUGAGUGCGAUGGAAUUACUUUAAUAUCAACUUGGGACUGAUGAUGAAUAAUAGUAAGUUAGAUAAAAAUAACCAAUAAAGAAAAUAGUGGCUACUCCUUCCUCAUCUAGUUAAACAACUUCUGUUCCAAAAUAUAAUCUUGAUUAAACAAUAUUAGAAGACAAUAAAGAUGCGAAUUUGGAAGAAGUUCAUUUUUUUUAAGUAGAAAUGCAAUAGAAAUACAAAAAAUGGUUAGAGAAUAUUGAAAAGAAGUUAAAAAAAUGA